GGGGGGGGGAUCAUGAUGAAUUGAUUCUAAUGAUAACAUCAGACAAAACCAGGUAUAAAGGGGAGACGGUUUUCUAGGUAGAAACAUUGGCAGUUCGAUCUACUUGUCUAGCACAUUAAAGAUUCAAUAGAUUCAUUGAACGCCUUGAAGAGAAAAAGAUGGUUCAGUUUAAAUUAGUCGUUGCCUGUGCUAUGCUAGCCGUUGCAGCUGCAGGAGUUGUUCCUUCCUACAGUAGCCAGCAGUAUGCCAACAAUGACCAGUACAAAAGUGGACUUUACUACGAGCCUCAAGGAUCAAGCUACGCAGUGAACGCUUACAGUGCCGACAACACGCAAUACAAUAACAAGGAUCAAUACGCCAACAACAACCAGAACAACGCUGACAGCAACCAAUACAACAACAACCAAUACAAUAGCAAUCAAUAUAGCGCCAAAAACAACCAGUACGAUAACACUGCUAACAACAACCAAUACACUGCCAAAAACAGCCAAUACAAUAACAAUCAAUACACCGCAAACACUAACCAAUACAACAACCAAUACAGCGCCAAAAACAAUCAAUAUAAUGCCAAAAACAACCAAUAUAGCGCCAAAAAAAACCAAUACAACAACCAAUAUGAUGCCAAGAAUAACCAAUACAACAACAACCAAUACGAUGCCAAAAACAACCAAUACAACAGCAACCAAUAUGAUGCCAAGAACAACCAAUACAACAACCAAUAUGAUGCCAAAAACAACCAAUACAACAACCAAUAUGAUGCCAAGAACAACCAAUACAACAACAACCAAUAUGAUGCCAAAAACAACCAAUACAACAACCAAUAUGAUGCCAAGAACAACCAAUACAACAACAACCAAUAUGAUGCCAAAAACAACCAAUACAACAACCAAUAUGAUGCCAAAAACAACCAAUACGAUGCCAAAAACAACCAAUACAACAAUAACCAAUACAACAGCAAGAAUAGCUACAGCGCAGAUGAGUCUUAUGGUGUUUAUCCCUGUGGGGACGGAUACGAAGGUAACACCUAUGCUGUGCCCUACACUUGCAACGCCUACUUUGAGUGUAUCUAUGGCGAGUCUCUUUACCGUCAGUGCAACGACUACAACAGAUUCGACGCCUACUCCGGAAAAUGUGUCCCUGACAAAAGCUGUUCCGCUUAUUAAACUACAGACGUAUCAAGUUAUCUGAUGCAUACAAGUGAUUCUCUCUAGUGAUAAAGUCUAUCACUUCUUUUGUUUGUGGAAAACUACAUUGGGGCUUAUUAAAUAAAAAAAUAAAUCAAUCAAA